UGUCCAGGAGGCAGCGAGGGGCGCCUCUUGGCAUGGGGGACCGAGAACAAGCCGUAUGGGUGGGAGAGACCUGAAGUGCGCUCGGCAGAGGAAAGACCCGGGGUUCGACAGGAAGGGGUGGGGAGAAAAUGGAUUCUUGCCAGCAGCCACCAGUCUUGCAACUCCACCAUGGUUUCUGGUAACCUGCCCAUCCUGGCAGUUCUGUUCAUGCCUCUCGUUCUCUGGGGCUCCGAAGGCCCCCACGUGGCCCCCACUCCAGAGACCAGCCAGGCCGACUCGAAGCGGGUUCUAAUCCAGUCUCUCCAAGCCACCCUGUUGAGACACCUGGGCUUGCAACGGCGGCCCCGACCCAAGCCGGGACUCCUGGUCCCGCAGUACUUACUGGAUCUGCACCAGUUCUGUUUGGGGAAAGCUCUCUCCUCUCUCCCGGAGUUGGAGCGGCCCUUCCUGGAGGAACAGGCAAGGACGGCCAACACCGUGCGCGCAUUCCGCCAUGUGGAGAAUUUUGACCAUAUCCCCCAAGUGGCAGGAGGUUCAUUCUACUUCCUGUUCAACCUCACUUUCCUUCCUGAAGAGGAGGAGCUAAUGGCCCUGGAGUUGCGUCUCUACCAUUCCCAAAAAGACGGCGGGGGCUUCCACGUAAACAUCUACCACGCCACGGAUCUCCGAUCCAAUUCCAGAAACGAGAGUGGAUUCCUUGCUCGCAAAUUCCUGUCGGUCAGCCAGCCCAAGUGGGAGAGUUUUGACGUCACUGCUGCUUUUAAGAGGGCAACGGAACGGGUCCGAUGUCUUGGGAUUCUUGUAGAGGUGGAACGUCUGAACCACAGCUGGGAGCCUUGGCACCAAGCCCCACUUCGUGCAAGGCGGUCUCCUGGUGAGGAGGAGGCCCAGUGGGCCCUAGAGAGGCCUUUGCUGGUCACCUACAGCCGUGAUCGAAGAGGGCAGCCUCUAACCCGUGGAAAACGGCACAGCAAAAGCCAGCCUAGCAGACUAACCCAGAGUGGAGGCAGGAGGGCCCUAAAAAUCCCACGACCGAGCAGCAAGCUCAGGAACCUGAAAUCAAAGACCAAAGCUGCCAUGAGAUGCAGAAGGCACCGCCUGUUUGUGGACUUCAAGGAGGUCGGGUGGAACGACUGGAUAGUUGCUCCCAGCGGCUACCACGCUUUCUACUGCUCCGGGGAGUGCCGAUUCCCACUGGCUGACCACAUGAACACCUCCAGUCACGCCGUGGUGCAGACCAUGUUGAACUCGAUGGAUGCCAGAGUGCCCAAAGCGUGCUGCGUCCCGACGGACCUCAGCCCCAUCGCCAUGCUCUAUUUGGAUCAGCAUGACAUGGUUGUCCUAAAGACCUACCAGGAUAUGGUGGUGGAAGGCUGCGGGUGCCGUUAGGACAGGGGUCUGCAAUCUGUGGCUCUCCAGUUGUUCAUGGACUACAUUUCCCAUCAGCCCCUGCCAGCAUGGCUGAUGGGAAUUGUAGUCCAUGAGCAUCUGGAGAGCCACAGAUGGCAGACCCCUACGUUAGAAGCAACAGAGCAGGGAUUCUUCCUUACUACCAAAACUUUUUUUUGGAGGGGGGGCGGGGGUGUUGGUGGCCAUCCAAUGAAGCUGGUUGGCAAUAGAUAAGGGUUCCCCAAAUUUUCUCCUCCAGAAGGGCCAAAGGGAAACCUCCAUGACAGAAACAGUGUAUCUGCAUAAGAGACCAUGGCUGGGUGUGGGAGGACAAAUAGCAGAACCCCUAUGUGGAUUUCAGCCCCAUCUAGCAAGGCAGUUCUCACAUUCUGAUGAAAACUUGUGAGUGAAUCUGAGGUGUUUCUUUAUGCUGUGCUUUAAAGAGUCGAUUCUCUUCUCUUUUCACCUGUGAUAAACCUCCGGCUGGAUCAAAAAUGAUAAAUAAAAACUUGGGCGUUUAUAACGGGGAGCUGAGACACGAACUUGGCAAGGCCUUUAUUUUUUCCUAUUGGUCACAUGACUGCCUUUUAGCAAACUCGGUAUUUUUG